CAGUCCUGGGAGAAGAUGGCAAACCCUGGGCCUACAUGGGUUGCUCAGGGAAAGCCUGGGGUUGCCUCCUGUCAAUCACUUCAGAGGCCACGCCCCCUCUCACCUCACGACAGCGCCGGCGGCCGGCGGUGCCGUCUCCCUUUUUACGACGCUGCCGUGAAGCGGAUCGUUCUUUCUCUCUCCAGCUCCCUGUGGAAGAUGGCGGACGGGAUCCUGUACACUUACCCCGAGAACUGGCGGGCUUUCAAGGCGCUGAUCGCCGCCCAGUACAGCGGCUCCAAGCUGCGGCUCCAGAGCGGCCCUCCGCACUUCAUCUUCGGCCAGACCAACAGGAGCGCCGGCUUCCUCCAGAAAUUCCCCCUGGGCAAGGUUCCAGCUUUCGAAGGAGACGAUGGAUUCUGUAUCUUCGAGAGCAAUGCCAUUGCUCACUAUGUUGCGAAUGAUGCCCUGCGAGGAAUGACAAAGGAGGAAGCAGCCCUGGUUCUUCAGUGGGUGAGCUUUGCAGACAGUGACAUCAUCCCUCCUGCCAGCACGUGGGUCUUCCCAACGCUUGGAAUUAUGCAGUACAACAAACAGGCCACUGAACACGCCAAGGAGGAGGUGAAGAAGGUCCUCGGUGUCCUGAACGAGUACCUGAAAACACGCACCUUCCUGGUCGGGGAGCGGGUCACCCUGGCAGAUAUCACGGUGGUUUGCUCUCUCCUCUGGCUCUACAAACAGGUUCUGGACCCCUCUUUCCGACAGCCCUACACCAACAUGAACCGAUGGUUCAUUACUUGCAUUAACCAGCCUCAGUUCAAAGCUAUCCUGGGAGAGGUGAAGCUAUGCGAAAAGAUGGCACAGUUUGACGCCAAGAAGUUUGCGGAAAUGCAGCCCAAGAAAGAGAAGGCGCCCAAGGAACCCAAAGAGCCCAAGCCGCAAGAGAAGAAGGAAAAAAAAGAGGAGAAGAAGAAACCAGCCCCCGAGGAGGAGCCGGACGCCUGCGACGAGGUCCUCUCCUCCGAGCCCAAAGCCAAGGACCCUUUCGCCCACCUUCCCAAGAGCUCGUUUAUCCUGGAUGAGUUUAAACGCAAAUACUCGAACGAGGACACUCUGUCAGUCGCACUGCCACAUUUUUGGGAGCAUUUCGACAAGGAGGGCUGGUCCAUCUGGUACGGCGAGUACAGAUACCCAACUGAACUCACCCUGACCUUCAUGAGCUGUAACCUGAUUUCUGGUAUGUUCCAGCGCCUGGACAAGCUUCGCAAGAACGCUUUCGCCAGCGUGAUCCUGUUUGGGGCAAACAACGAGAGCAGCAUCUCCGGGAUCUGGGUGUUCCGUGGUCACGAGCUUGCCUUCCCGAUGUCUCCUGACUGGCAAGUGGACUAUGAGUCAUACAGCUGGCGGAAGCUGGAUGCUGACAGUGAGGAGUGCAGGACAAUGGUGAAGGAAUACUUUACCUGGGAGGGGGAGUUUAAGCAUGUGGGCAAGACCUUCAACCAAGGCAAGAUCUUCAAGUGAGCGACAGACUCUGUGCCAGUUCAAUACCGGCAGUCCUUCACCAGACUGCUGCCCUCACCCAGUGCACGUGGCAAUAACAUCGGCUGCUAUUUUUAAAUCACAGAUGCAGAAUAAAAAGAAACUUACUUCA